UUAUAUUUUGCUCGUACUAUUCCAUCUCUGUGAUUCUCAUGCCUAUAUUGCCCCCACCCUCUUCUCUCAACCUGCCUUUUACCCUAAAAAGAGCCACUCAUUCUCCCUUCAUAAACCCCUGCUUGGAGUAGCGGUCUUUUCAGCCCCCAACUUCGAUAGAUACUGGGUGAGAGACUGAUAAACAGAUAUACAGAGAGAAACACUUCACCUAUAUAGGUUUUGUUUUCACCUUCUUUUGUAAAAGACUAUUCUUUGUUCUUCUAUUCUUUGAUAUAAAAAUCUGUUCUUUGUUCUAAAACACAUCUAAAAUCUCUAUACACACACAAAAAUCCUUGCUUUGACACGCUUGCUGCUUGAUGAACUUUAUUGCCUAAAUAUACAACAGAGAAAAAGAGUGAUUUUUCGGAGAGGUAUUAUUAAAUAUGGCACCAAGUUUUGAUUGUGCAGUUUCAAACCUUCUAUGUGCGGAAGAUAAUAAUAGCAUCUUCGAUGAUAACGAUCACUAUGAUGCUACCGUGGAGGAGUUUGAGGCCACGUGGCAUCAUGGGAAUCAUCAAAUCUGUAAUCAAAACGGUGGUGGAGAUGGCGGGUGUUUGCCGAUGCAGAGUGAUGAGUGUUUGGUUUUGAUGGUUGAAAAGGAGUGUCAGCAUUUACCUAAUGGUGAUUACUUGAAGAGACUGAGAAAUGGAGACCUGGACAUGGGGGCUAGAAAAGAGGCUGUUGAUUGGAUUGCAAAGGUUCAUGCCCACUUCGGUUUUGGACCACUUUGUGCGUAUCUAUCAAUAAACUACUUGGAUAGAUUUCUCUCUGCCUAUGAAUUACCUAAUGGUAAACCUUGGAUGAUGCAGUUACUAGCUGUGGCAUGUUUAUCUCUUGCGGCCAAAAUGGAGGAGACUGAAGUUCCACUAUCUCUAGAUCUACAGGUGGGCGAAUCAAGAUUUGUAUUUGAAGCAAGAACUAUACAAAGGAUGGAGCUUCUUGUAUUGAGCACAUUGAGUUGGAGAAUGCAAGCAAUUACUCCUUUCUCCUUCAUAGACUAUUUCCUUAGCAAGAUUAAUAAUGAUCAGACCCCCCCACCUAAGUCUUUAAUCUUGCAAUCAAUCCAUCUCAUACUGAGCACAAUUAGAGGGAUUUACUUCUUGGAAUUUAGGCCUUCUGAGAUUGCAGCAGCUGUGGCAAUAGCUGUUGUGGGGGAAACCAAAACAGUGGACGCUGAGCAAGCAAUUUCUGUACUCACUCAACCUGUACAAAAGGAGAGAGUGCUGAAGUGUCUUCAACUGAUUCAUGAUUUGUCGUUGUUUGGUGGAUCUGUUAAGGGCACAAGUGCUUCACUCCUAUCAGUGCCCCAAAGCCCCAUUGGGGUGUUGGAUGCUGCAUGCUUGAGCUAUAGCAGUAACCACACAACUGUUGAGCCAUGUGCAAAUUCUUCACACAAUACCCCGGAUGCUAAAAGGAGGAAGCUAGACAAACCUUGCGAGGCGUAGUUACAAAAUGAAAGUUGGAUUCUUUUACCUAGCUUCUAUUUGAUUUUGUUACAUAGGAGUUUUUGGUGUGCUAUGAAGGUGUUGCCAAAGAAAAUCCCCCUAAAUCCAACAAAAGGAAGGCAGAAAGAGAUGAUGGUAGAGAGGGAUGGAGUUGAAAAGAACAAAAAAAAUCUGAAAAAAAGCUUUUAUAAAUGGAGUUCAAUAAGUUGGGUCAUGAUUAGAGGAUGGAUGCAGAGUGGGAUCGAGCUGCGGCAUGCACUUGGCAUGAAAAGGACAGUCACUGCUGUUAAAUUAGACUUCUUAACGGCUAUAGACAAGGAGUAGAAAAGAUAAAAAAAAAAAAAGUUUUUUUUAGAUACAGUUUGUCCCCGGGUUUGGUUCUUUGGUUAAAAGAAAAUUUAAAAAGGAAAAAAAAAGAGAGAAAAGGGUAGUGGUAUGAGAUAAUAUCGUAGUAUUUGCAGAAAAUUCAGCUGGAUAUUCAUUACCAGUUUGUUCAAUCAUUUUUGCUUUUUAUCGAGGAUUGGAAGAAAAAAGAGAAAUAUGGUACAGAACAAUCAAUAUGAACUGAUAUAAAUAUAUAGUGUUUUUGUUUUGAUCUUUUUUCAAAUGUAAGAUAACUUAUAAAAUAUGGAUUUCCCUGUU